AUGAAUAUCACAGUGCUAGCGGUCGUAGUAGCGGUGUGCCUGUGCGUCACCGACGGCGCCCCGGACGGCCGGCUCACGAGGAAGCAACAACGUCCCACUCGCGGUUUCAAGAACGUUGAGAUGAUGACUGCAAGAGGUUUCGGAAAACGUGCCCGUACUGAACUUUACGGCUUGGAUAAUUUCUGGGAGAACCUCGAGGCCUCGCAAGAAAAGGAUGGUCUAGACGGGAACGAUGAAAAGACGCUGGAAAGCAUUCCCUUGGAUUGGUUUGUCAACGAAAUGAUUAACAACCCCGAUUUCGCCCGCUCCGUAGUUCGCAAGUUCAUCGACCUUAACCAGGACGGCAUGCUAUCAUCUGAGGAACUUCUUAGGAACGUC